ACCCGCGGGGGGGCGGGGGUCGGUACCAGGGGUUCGGUACCGGGGGUCGGUACCGGGGGUCGGUACCGGGGGGUCCCUCCCCGCGCCCCCCCCGCGCGGGCGCGAUGCGGCGGAGCCAGCGAAGGAUGUGGCUGCUGGGGCUCCCCUGGGCGCUGGCCCUGCUGGUCACCGCGGCUUCCUCCGGCCCCUCCGCGGCACCCCCGGACCCCGCGUCCAUCUUCGCUGACCUGUCCCCGGCGGAGCUGCGGGCCGUGCGGACCUUCCUGAUGGAGCGCCCGGAGCUGGGGCUGUCGCCGAGCCGGGGGGGGCCCCUGGCCAAGAACACGCUGUUCCUGGUGGAGCUGCUGCCCCCCAAGAAGCGCUCGGCGCUGCGCUUCCUGGAGCACGGCGGGGCGCGCCCGCGGCGCGAGGCUCGAGCCGUCGUCUUCUUCGGGGCGCAAGCGGAGCCCAACGUCACCGAGCUGGCCGUGGGGCCCCUGCCGCGCCCCAGCUCCUACCGGCCCCUGGCCUUCAAGGGCGGCCGGGCCGUGCCCUUCUGGGCACGGCCGAUGACCCGGCUGGAGUACGAGCUGCUGCACGAGGCGCUGGUGGCCGCCAUGGCCCCGCUGGAGCCGCUGCUGCGCGAGGCCACCGGCUUCGGCUUCCAGAACUGCUCCGAGCGCUGCCUCACCUUCUCCGACAUCGCCCCGCGCGGGCUGGGCCCCGGCGAGCGCCGCACCUGGCUGAUCAUCCAGCGCUUCGUGGAGGGCUUCUUCCUGCACCCCACGGGGCUGGAGGUGCUGCUGGACCACCGGGACCCCGACCCGCGGCGCUGGGCCGUGCGGCAGCUCUGGUACAACGGGCGCUACUUCGGCAGCGUGCGGGAGCUGGCCGAGAGCCACGCGCGGGGCGCGCUGCCCCUGGCCCGCCUGCCCGAGCCCCCCGCCCGCCAGCUCUUCUCCAGCUACGAGCCCCGCGGGCGCUUCUCCAGCGGGACGCCCACCGAGGUGCACGGCGCCAAGGUGUGCGAGCCGCAGGGCCGGCGCUACCGGCUGCGCGGCAACCGGCUGGAGUACGGCGGCUGGAGCCUGGCCUUCCGGCUGCGCUCCUCGGCCGGCCUGCAGCUCUUCGACGUGCGCUUCGGCGGCGAGCGCGUGGCCUACGAGCUGAGCGUGCAGGAGGCCAUCGCCUUCUACGGCGGCCACUCGCCGGCCGCCAUGCAGACCAAGUACAUGGACGCCGGCUGGGCCAUGGGCGCCUCCAGCUACGAGCUGGCGCGCGGCGUGGACUGCCCCGAGACCGCCGCCUUCCUGGACGCCCACCACCUCCUGGACGCCGACGGCCCCGUGCGCUUCCCCCACGCCCUCUGCGUCUUCGAGCUGCCCACGGGCGUGCCCCUGCGCCGCCACUUCGACAGCGACUUCCAGGGCGGCUUCCACUUCUACGCGGGGCUGGAGGGACGGGCGCUGGUGCUCAGGACCACCUCCACCGUCUACAACUACGACUACAUCUGGGACUUCCUGCUCUACCCCAACGGCGUCCUGGAGACCAAAGUCCAUGCCACCGGCUACAUCCACGCCACCUUCUACACGCCGGAGGGCCGGCGCUACGGCAGCCGCGUGCACAGCCACCUCCUGGGCAACAUCCACACCCACCUGGUGCACUACAAGGUGGACCUGGAUGUCGCAGGCUCCGGGAACAGCUUCGAGACGAUGGACAUCCGCUUCGAGAACAUCUCCAGCCCCUGGAGCGCGGGGGCGCGCGUGGUGCAGCCGUGGCUGCAGCGGGAGCCGCGGCGCCGGGAGCGCGAGGCCGCGCUGCCGCUGGACCGGCCGGCGCCGCGGUACCUGCUCUUCUCCAACCCGCGCCGGCGGAACCGCUGGGGCCACCGCCGCACCUUCCGCCUGCAGCUCAGCUCCCACGCCGGGCCCGUGCUGCCCCGCGGCUGGCGCGAGGAGCGCGGCGUCACCUGGGCCAGGUACCACCUGGCUGUGACACGGCGCCACGAGAACGAGCCGAGCAGCAGCAGCAUCUACACCCAGAACAACCCCUGGGACCCCCCGGUCACCUUCGAGAGCUUCAUCCGUGACAACGAGACCAUCGAGGACCAGGACCUGGUGGCCUGGGUGACCGUGGGCUUCCUGCACGUGCCCCACGCCGAGGACAUCCCCAACACGGCCACGCCCGGCAACGCCGUCGGCUUCUUCCUGCGCCCCUUCAACUUCUUCAACGAGGACCCGUCGGUGGCGUCGCGGGCCCCGGUCAUUGUGCGGCCCCUGGACCCCCCAGCCUGCUCCCGCCUGCAGAUCCAGCGCUGGACCCCCGCCAGCCCCGGGCCCUGCGUCCACCCCGAGCCCUUCACCUACAACGGCACCUACCGCCAGGUGUGACGGGGGACGCGGGGACGUGG